AUGGCUGCCAUAUGCAAACGCUUAGGAAAAACCGAUGAUCUACUGUGGAAAAUUGCCAAAUGUUCUGGUCCAAAGGGUGGCCGGAAUGCUUGCCGUGCUUUGCGGCGCCUGAUCCAGCGAGAAGGUCUCAGUCUUGCAGUGGACCUUGACUUUGUGGAGCUGACCUGCCGGCGGAAGAAGCCAAAAAUCCAGGAUAUCACCAUUGAAUGGCCUGUACUCCCAAUGACUAAUUGGGUACGCUUCCUUGCAAAUGAGCACCCUCAACUUUUACUAGGGGGCCAUACGUGGCAACAGGAUUGGAAAGGCUUGUUUACCUGGUUUUGGAACGUCUGGAAAGAAAUGGAGCCGCAUCAUGAAAUUUACAACAGUGGAAAACCAUUGUCCAAUUGCAUACCCUUCCUGACGCAUGGUGAUGAGGGUCAAACACUUCGGAAAACAGCUUUCAUGGUGCAAUCGUGGCAGCCAAUGAUCAGCUGGCAGGGGCCCGAUGUGACAACCAUGUCAGGGGCAAGCUUUUGCUCAAGGCUUCUCUACACGUGUAUCUCAAGCUGGUGCUUUGCUGGGGAAAAAACCCUCAAACAGCUCAACAGGGCUUGGGUUUCUGAAAUGCGUGAGCUAUAUGACAGUGGCAUUGAGGUGAAGUCAGAGACCCUGUACCUGGUGUGGCUUGGUGGGAAAGGCUUUUGGUUUGAGAACUGGUUGGAAGAGCAAACGGAUCUGCCACAUGUGCAGCAGCAAGGUUUUUGGAUCGACCAUCAAACGCGCCAAGAGGUGGUGCGAUAUGGAGAGUUGUGGGUGGAAGGGUACGCCAAUUUGGCAGCCCGCAUGGCAGAUAUGCAGACUACGUUGCAAUCGCAUGCCCCUUUGACAAUGCAUGUUUUCUUGACUAGUCAUACUACUGCAGUUGCUCUGCUGAUGGAUGAGACUUUUUGUAUGGCAGUCGGCUAUCCGCACUCGAGUGCGCCAGAUGAAUAUUCGUUCUGGUUCUGUCUCCUCUACGAAGACACAGUGACCUUCAUUUGA